AUGGUGACAAUUAAUUCAAAUGUUACUGGUGAUGAUAUGGGAAAAAGCGUGGUUAAUCCUAUAUCUGUGGUGAUAUCAGACUCCUCUAAACAUGGAGAGAAACCUGAGAAGUUCAAUGAGACAGACUUCAAGCAAAAAAUGCUCUUCUACCUGACAACCUUGAGUUUGACAAAAUUUUUGAAGGAAGAUGCCCCUGCUAGUGGCUCAUCUGUGGAGGCUGCUGCUGCUACAGAUGCUUGGCAUCAUUCUGAUUUUCUGUGCAAAAACUACAUCCUCAAUGGAUUGGACAAUGCAUCAUACAAUGUCUAUAGUCCAAUGAAAACUGCUAAGGCCUUAUGGGAGUCUCUUGACAAGAAAUAUAAGACCGAGGACGCUAGAAAGAAGAAAUAUAUCAUUGGGUGUUUUCUUGAUUACAAGAUGAUAGACUCCAAAUCGGCUGAAAAAAUGGAUAUGACUGAAGCUUUACAAGUUAGUUGUGUGAUUGAAAUAUUACCUCCAUCUUGGAAAGAGUUUAAGAAUUAUCUCAAACAUAAGCGCAAGGAAAUGGACCUUGAAGAUCUGAGUGCGAGGCUAAGGGUUGAGGAAGACAACCGGAUUGCUAACAAGAAGAAUGGAAUUAAUUCCAUGGCAGCAAAUGCACAUGUUGUUGAAGAUGGACCAGGGAAUAAAAACCGUAAAGGAAAGACAAACAACUACAAGAAGUACAAAGGCAAAGCCAAGGAGGUUCACAUAGCCGAAGAGGACAAGCUUUCAUGUGGAAUUUCUUAUAUCAAUCUGUCAACUGUGAUCUCUGAAGUAAAUGUGAUAACCAACAGUGAUGAUUGGUGGGUGGACACUGGGGCUACACGCCACAUUUGUUUUGACAAGAAGAUGUUCACUACAUAUGAAGAAAUGGAUCAAGGUGAGCAACUCUUUAUGGGAAAUUCCUCUACUUCUGGAAUUGAAGGCCAAGGUAAUGUGACACUCAAGUUGACAUCUGGCAAGAUUCUCACUCUAACAGAAGUACUUCAUGUUCCUGAUAUUUGA